AUGGUUAAAAAAGCGAUAGAUUCAAGAAUUCCUACACUAAUAAAAAAUGGUGUCCAAAACAAAUUUCGUACGUUUUUCAUAAUAGUUGGAGAUAAAGGCAAAGAUCAGGUUGUAAAUUUACAUUGGUUAUUAUCACAAGCUCAAGUAACUGCAAGACCUCAUCGUAAAAAAAGAGAGGCCAAAAUAAAAAAAGAGAUUAAACGUGGCAUAAGAGAACUUAAUACGGAAGAUCCAUUUGAACUUUUUAUUUCAGUUACAAAUAUUCGAUACACUUAUUACAAAGAAACUCACAAGAUAUUAGGAAACACAUACGGAAUGUGCAUUUUGCAGGAUUUCGAAGCAUUAACACCAAAUUUAUUGGCACGAACAAUUGAGACUGUAGAAGGUGGCGGAAUUAUAGUAUUGUUAUUAAAAACAAUGAGAUCACUUAAACAAUUAUAUACAUUGACAAUGGAUGUCCAUUCACGAUAUAGAACAGAAUCUCAUGACGAUGUAAUAGCAAGAUUUAAUGAAAGAUUUAUACUUUCUCUCGGAUCAUGUGAAAAUUGUCUUGUAGUUGAUGACGAAUUAAAUGUUUUACCGAUUUCAGCGGGUAAAAAUGUAAAACCUAUCCCAGCGAAACUAAGCGAAGAAUCAUUAGCAGAACAACAAGUAGAAUUAAAAGAAUUAAAAAAUUCUUUAAUAGACACUCAACCAAUUGGUUGCUUGGUUAAUACAGCAAAAACUUUGGAUCAAGCAAAAGCGAUAUUGACAUUUAUAGAGGCAAUAUCUGAAAAAACAUUAAAAACCACAAUUACAUUAACAGCCUCUCGCGGUCGUGGUAAAUCUGCUGCACUUGGUGUCGCAAUUGCUUCUGCUAUUGCUUCUGGAUAUUCAAAUAUAUUUGUGACUUCUCCAAGUCCUGAAAAUUUAAAAACCCUAUUUGAAUUUAUUUUCAAAGGAUUUGAUGCUUUAGAAUAUGAGGAACAUUUAGAUUACGAUAUUAUUCAAUCUACAAAUCCUGAUUUUAAUAAAGCAAUAGUCCGAGUUAAUGUAUUUAAACAACAUCGUCAAAUUAUACAAGCUGAAAUAGUUGUGAUAGACGAAGCAGCAGCCAUUCCUUUACCAUUCGUUAAAAAUCUAUUAGGACCAUAUUUGAUAUUUAUGGCAUCAACCAUUAAUGGUUAUGAGGGUACGGGAAGAUCUUUAUCUUUAAAACUUAUACAACAGUUGCGUGAACAAUCAAAAGGUUUUAUAGGAAAAGGGAACAAUAGGCCUAAUAUUAAUGAAGAUUUGACAAUUGUGAGAAGAGACGGAAAAUCCAAAUCAAGUCAACAAACAGGUGUUUUGGAUGGUGUUUCAGCUGGUGGUAGAAUUUUACGCGAAAUUAAAUUAGAUGAACCUAUUCGUUAUGCACCAAAUGAUCCAGUUGAAAAAUGGCUCAAUAAACUCUUAUGUUUGGACGCCACCAUUAUUUCUAAAAAUAUUCAAGGCUGUCCUCACCCUCAGCAAUGUGAUUUAUAUUAUGUUAAUAGAGAUACUUUAUUUUCAUUUCACCCUGUAUCCGAAACUUUCUUACAAAGAAUGAUGGCGCUUUAUGUUGCUAGUCAUUAUAAAAAUUCACCGAAUGACUUACAAUUAAUGUCAGAUGCUCCAGCACAUCAUUUGUUUGUUUUAUUGCCUCCUUUAAAAGAAGGAAAUGCCUCAUUGCCCGAUCCUUUGUGUGUUAUACAAGUUUGUCUUGAAGGCGAAAUAUCUAAACAAUCUAUUCUGAAUAGCUUAAGUAAAGGUCAACGUGCUAGUGGAGAUUUAAUACCUUGGCUUGUUUCUCAACAGUUUCAAGAUAAUGAUUUUGCAAGUUUAUCUGGCGCCAGAAUCGUCAGAAUCGCAACGCAUCCUGAUUACAUUAAGAUGGGUUACGGUUCAAGGAGUAUAGAAUUAUUGACAUCAUUUUAUCAAGAAAUUAAAAUACGAGAUCCAUGUAAAAUGCCACCGUUAUUUCUGAAACUUUCAGAAAAACGGCCUAUUAGAUUGGACUAUUUGGGUGUUUCUUAUGGUUUGACUCCUGCUUUACAUAAAUUUUGGAAACGAGCCGGGUUUGUGCCACUAUAUCUUAGGCAAACUCCUAACGAUUUAACCGGUGAAUACACGUGUGUAAUGUUAAAAGCGCUUAAAAAUGAUAAUAAUGAUAACCAAGAUUUUGCAACUUGUAAUCCAAGUUGGUUGGCUGAAUUUUCAAAAGAUUUUUACAAAAGAUUUUUGAAUUUAUUAUCAUAUCAGUUUCGUGAUUUCACAAGUAUACUUGCAUUGAGUAUUAUGGAAGCUAUUGAUAUUUCUGGCGGUAAUAUUGAUGCUGAUAAUAGAGAAUGUAGGUGUCCCAAAAAAUUUAACAUGUUAGAUUAUCAUGUCAUUAUUGACUUGCUUCCUACUAUUUCGAAUUUAUAUUUUGGACGCAAAUUAAGUAAAGAAAUUAAGCUUUCUGGUGUCCAAAGCUCAAUAUUAUUAGGCAUAGGAUUGCAAAGAAAAAGUAUAGAUAAUCUAGAGAAAGAAUUAUCAUUACCAUCGAGUCAAAUCUUGGCUCUUUUUAUAAAGAUUAUUAGAAAAUUUUCUUUGCAUUUUCGAUCAUUAGAAACAACAGAAAUACAAAAAGAAAUUCCAGAUGAAACCACUAUAAUAAAGAAAAAAGUCAUAAAGAACAACAAAAACGAUGAAAAUAAUAAUGCUGAUCAUCAAGAAGAGGGUAGCAAAGAUGAAGAUCAUCAGGAUAAUGAUUCAUCGUGGGAUCCUAUCCAAAAAACUUUGGAUGAAGACUUAAAAGAAGCCGGUAAUGAAGUCAUGAAUCAAAUGGUUGAAAAACAAAGAGAAUUGAUUAAUUCAUUGGAUUUAUCAAAAUACGCAAUAACAGAACCAUCUGAAGGUUGGGAUACGGCAGAAUCUGUAAUUGCGACAGGGAAAAAGAAUGUAUCUACAAUUGUUAGUGUAAAGAAUAUGAAAUCUACAAAAAAACGUAAACAUUCCGAAACAGCAAUGGAAAUUAUGAAAAAAGAACUGACUAAACAAAAUAGUAAAACUAAAGGGAAAAAGUCAAAAAAAUUUAAAAAAAAUUAA